AUGAUACCUCGAGUUUCAUCAUCCUUGUGUCAGAAAUGUCUCCAGGCUUCAGCUCGCUUCGGCCCGCAGGGAGCACGCCGAUAUACUUCACCAGCAAAUCAGUUGACCGGCGAUGAGUCAAAGACAGACCAGGAAAACACGUCUAAGCCAGAUAAUGAUGGCAAUUCACAAGAAUCAGAGCCCGGGGCAAUGACGCGGAGACUACAAGAAGCAACUGAAGAGGCGCUAUUCUCUGGCGGCUCAGCCGGCAGACGAGCCGUGCAGGAUGCGGGAUUCUCUGACGACCUGAAAGAGAAGCUUCUGAAUAAGAUUGCAGACGCAAAUUUUCGGCAAGAGUUUUCCAGCGCAUUCGCAGAAAAGGAUCUUACAUCCGCGGCUGGUGAAGGCACUAGACACAUCGCCACCUCGGAACCAUGGACCGGGGAGGAAUCCACCGCAGACGCAGUAUUGAGGAUGCUGGAUGACGCCAAAAAGCCCCUAAAACCAGAACUCAGAGGCAAGUUCCAACCGCCUGUUGUUGAUCCCCGGGUGAAGCGGACCCCGGCGGUGCCUCCUCGCCUAAGGGCGGUAAAUGCUCGUGAUAGAGCAUCCUUAUACGCCGGCUUGGGAUUGAAAGAAGACAAAGGCUUGAGUGAUAAAGAGCGGGAAGAAAUGAGAAAGGAGUUUCGGGCACGAUUUGAGCCGGUUGCGCGAGUAAUGCCGUCAACACCAUCAGGUCUUGCUGCGCUAGCGAAUGACCACAUCGAAAACGCCAUUGCCAGGGGCCAGUUCAAGAAUAUUGCGCGCGGCAAAGGCGUAGAGAUUGAUCUUACUCGAAGUAAUCCAUUCGUUGAUACCACGGAGUAUCUAAUGAACAGGAUCAUUCAGCGUCAAGAUAUUGUGCCUCCCUGGAUUGAGAAGCAACAGGAGCUCUCAAAGGCCGCAGACUCUUUUCGUUCCAGGCUGCGAGCCGAUUGGAAGCGCCAUGCUUCAAGGAUGAUUGCUUCCAAGGGGGGUUCUCUAGAAGAGCAGAUGGCUAGAGCAGAUCAAUAUGCCGUGGCAGAAAGGCUGCACAAUCCUCGACAGUCGACCGAGAAAUCGGUAAGCACAACGGAGCAAGAAUCCGGAGAGAGCAGCGAACCAGACAUUGUUCCCCUCUCACGGCCAUUCCGGGACCCGGAUUGGGAAAGGGCAGAGCAUGCCUACUUGAAGCUAUCCAUAGAACAACUCAACGGCAUCGCAAGAAGUUAUAACCUUAUGGCCCCGGAACUUGCCAAAAAGCCGUAUUACAAUCUACAGCGAGAACUAGACGCCUGCUUCGCGGAUGUCGCACCUUUGAUUGCUAAGGAGAUUAAAGACAGGGCCACAAGGCCACGCGUUACGUCGAAUCUGACAUCGAAGCCUUCUCCAUUCAAAGGUGACAUAAUGGGUAACUUGGUGGGUAAGGAUGCCGUAAAGAUUUACGAAAGGAGGGCGGAGCCAUAUGGGUUCAAGGAGUGGUGGAAGGAUGUAUGGAAGAAGGAAUAA